UUAGCCCGGCCGCGCUAUCUCACUAUCUCUCUCCCCCUCACUCCUUUCUCCUCGCGUUCCGAGGAGGACUCGACUCACCCCUCCACUAUCGCACGCCUGAAUGUGCGCAGAUAAGCCGGAGCGCGCUCUGCUCUGACUUGGACCCGUUUAUGCGACCCGCCCCGCUCGCCACGCACCACGAUGUCCGCCGCUGCUAACGCUGCUGCUACAGACAACAACGGAGACUCGGGACUGAACGGGUCUUGGGUGGAGUUGGAGAUGAACAGAGGUCAUCAAGGCCAGUCAUCUCAACCUGGCGGCCUGGCCCCGGGCCUGCUGCCCCUCCCCCAGGUGGAGGAGGAGGAGGAGGCCAUGGCGGGGGGCCUGGAGCAUGUCCCGUCGUCGUCCUCCAUCCACAACGGAGACAUGGAGAAGAUCCUGCUGGACGCCCAGCACGAGUCGAGCCGCAGCAACUCCUCCUGCGACAGCCCCCCGCGGCCCCACACCCCCCAGGACGAGGGGCAGAUCAUCUUCGACGUGGACGUGACCAGCAGAAGAGACAGCCAGUCUGAGGAGGACGUCUUGGAGAAGGAGAGGGACAUGGACAUCCUGAUGAAGGACGCAGACUGGGUUGCUGACUGGUCCAGUCGGCCGGAAAACAUUCCCCCCAAGGAGUUUCAUUUCCGUCACCCUCGGCGCUCAGUAACGCUCAGCAUGAGGAAGACCGGGGCCAUGAAGAAAGGAGGCAUCUUCUCCGCCGAGUUCCUCAAAGUCUUCAUCCCCUCGCUGCUACUAUCACACAUCCUCGCUCUGGGGCUGGGAGUCUACAUCGGGAAGAGGCUGACCACGCCGCCUGCCAGCUCUUUCUGAAGCUGGAACUGAAGAAAAGUGCCUGAGAAGUGGCCACGAGCUGUCGGAGAAAGUUUUUGCUGUUGUGAGAAGAAACCCCUCCCCCUCCCCCGCUCGCUUCCUCUCCUCCUCCACCCUGAGAUUUGACAUGUUCUCGGGUGAAGUGCAUCCACCUUCCUCUCAAUCAGCUGUUGUCUUACUGUCUGUAGAUACCCCCCCCCAGUACCCACCCCCCUCCCUCCCUCCCUCCUCCACUCCCUCCUCCACUCCCUCACUCAUUUGUAUAAGCUUUUCAAAUACCAGUAAGGUCAUACUUCUGUUUUACUUCCCCCAGUAAUUGGGUUCAAAUCUUUAUAUUGGGUGGGUUUCCAGGGAGGGAUGCAGUGUUACACCAAACACUUCCACACACACACACACACACAUACACACACACACACACACAGUGUUCCAGUGCCCUUCGAUUAAUGCGACUAAAAGGGGAGGACUGUUUUCCCACCUGACCACAGAUUGUGCCACACUCGAUCUCCAUAAAGGGUUCGACCAAAUUGGGAGUCGGCUACGCAGACUGAACCUGUGAUCAUGCCUUUAUCUUUUUUUUUUUUUUUUUUGAAAGUAGCCAUCUUCUUUAGGUAAUAUCAUCUUUUUUUUUUCUUCUUCUUCUUUUUUAAUUUAUUUUUCAAACCGUGGUGGAUUAUUGAGACAUAGCAACGAUGAAGGGAGUUAGUUACCACAGUGGCCAAACCCGAACCACAGGCUCUCAUGAAUUGCACUCGGUGGGGGGAUUAAAGUGAGUUUCUGGCUCCGUCUGCCGGAAGAAAGAUUUACGUGACUUGUUUUUUUUUCUCUCUCUCUCUCUCUCUCUCUCUCUCUCUCUCUCUCUCUCUCUCUCUCUCUCUCUCUCUCUCCUUGCAUUCUCUGUGACAAUAAGGACCGUUUGUUGAGUUGUGCAUAUUCUUGCUAAGUGGCGAUAACUGGAAAGCGGGUGCGGAGGUGUGCAGGCUUGCAGUGCGUCCCAUUCAGUGUGUCCUACUUCCAGUAUUCUUUGCGGUCCGGGCUCGGCAGUCUGUCCAAACUGCAUGUUUUUUUCUUUCUCCCCCGCUCGCUCUCGCGCCGUCGGCGUUCGUUUUAAAGGUACAGCAUGUUCGGAAUGAUCAAUGCAUCGAUACCACCUGCUGCCACACGGCGGUGGCGCCGCUCACUUUAUUGCUGACUUCGUUUGAAGAAACACUCAGUGCCAACAUGGCAACAUGUCUGAGACUUUUGGCAGCUACUAACUCAAAACCUGCCAAAACCGGACGCGUCAGUCACUCCCUACUGCCACCCAGUGUACAGAAGUGGUACCAAUCAACUCUUAUGUGUUGUACCUUUAAUGACAGGAUUUGUUCUGCCCCCCCCCCCGAAAAAAGCUUUGAGACUCGUAAUCAGCUGACUUUUGUUUUGAGGAGGCUUUGUGUGUUUUUAGUUGAAUUAAAAAAAAAAAAAAAAAAGGUAGCGCGCUUUCGUCAAAUGAUUUUCUUUUAUUCAAAGAAAUGAGCUUUUCUUUAGCGUGAGAAACACUGGAGCCAGCGCUGCUUUCCGAUUGUCCGGCGUGUCGAAAAAAGACAAGACAGACGUUGAGUGGAGAACUUUGGACGGGGUAGAAAGUACGUAGCUUUAAGUUUUCAUCCCCUCUCUCCAGCGGCCUUGCAUUGACUGACGGGACGGAGGGGACGUGAAAGAAAAAGGUGAAAACCUGAGACUGAGCUGCAGCCACUUUUAAUACAACUCAAUAAGGACGACUUUACAAUCAGGCUCACCUUAUUCCUGACAUUGGUUUUUUUUUCCUUUCUAGUUUGAUUUUACUUUCAAAUAAAGUCAACUUAAUUCCUCAGUGUAGAAUUAACUACACUUUCCCCCUAUCCACCUGGUUGAUCACUUUUGAAAUGGAUCAACUCAGCUGAUCAGUAAACUUAGCUCAGACUCCAACAUACCCGAAAAACCUUUAUGAAUCAUUUCAUCAACUUGUUCAGGGUAAAAAAAAAAAAGUAUUUUAUUGUUUGAUUGGAAUGAAGAAAAUCCCAUCAAAGUGUUGAUUUGUUGACUUUUCAGCCACAGAGACACUGAACUGUUUGUUUAAGCCACUUUUCAAGAGUUUCACUCUGUUGUUUUUAUUUGUUUUCUUGGUUGUAAGAAAAAAUGCGUGGAGUGGGCGUUUGACUGGGAUGGUGUCUGAAAGCAUGGGAUGAAAAGAAGCCCCCCCCCCCCCCCCCCCUUUGUUGAUGGCAGAGCCCAAUGUGACGUUUCUGAGGUUUCCCAUCAGACUGCGAUGGUCUAACAGUAGUGAUCGUAAUGAUGCUUUUGCUUCGAUUUUUCUUUUCCCCACCACAUUGGAGAAGUUGAUCAACCUUUUUUGUCAUUAAAGAUUACCUGAAUGAAG